GCUGUUUUCUCUCGUCAUUUUCUUUUCCAGCUGCAAGUAAAAUUCCAUUAGCCCCACUUCCUCUCCCCUCCCCUCCACUCCUCCAUGUUCUUCUACUAGGGGCUGGCAGAGCUAAGCUGCCACAACCGCCCACCCCCCAAGGAGAGAAGAGAACAACCCACCCCUCGCUCGCUCGCUCCACCCACCGCGCUUUCUUAUCGAAAUUUCGCGUUCAGAACUAGCGAAUCCCGGUUGGAGAUAGGACGCGCCGAGCUGCAGCUGGAGCAGCGGCAGGGGGUCGACAAUGCUGGGCUCCAAGAGCAAAUCCGGUCUGGCCGAGGCCAAGAGCGACGGCAAGCCGGAGGCGAAGGGGAGCGGCAAGCCGGAGGGCAAGGGAAGCGGCAGGCCGGAGCCGAAGAGCAACGGCAAAGGCACGCCACCGACACCCAAGGGCGAGACGCCGCCCACGCCCAAGGGCGAGAGGCCCCGGAAGCCGGCUGUGCCCAAGGCGAAUGCUGCCUACAGCACGCCGCCCAGCGCGCCGCGGCCGGCCGAUAAGUCUCCCAGGUCGUCCGACCGCAAGUCGCCCAAGGGCGCCACCCGGAUCACCACCACCACUCCUCCUCCUCCAGAGAAGCCAGGGAAGGUUGCCAAGCCGUCUCAGGAGCUGCAGGCUCAGCUUGAUGCCGUCCAAGAAGAGCUCAAGAAGGCUAUGGGGCAGUUGGUGGAGAAGGAAGAAGAGAAAGGGAAAGUUCUCGAGGAACUGGAGUGCGCCAAGAAGGUGGCUGAUGAGGCCAAUGCGAAGCUCAAGGAGGCGCUCGAUGUGAAGAGCAGGGCUGUGGAGGAUGAGAAGUCUAAUGCCGUGGAAUUGGAGCAGGUGAGCAUUGAUUCUGCAAACACCAAGGAAGAUGAGCUGCGGAGGAAGCUCAAGACCAUGCAGAGCCAGCAGGAGUCUGACGCAGCUGCACUGCAUUCAACGGUGGAGCAGCUUGAGAAGGCAAGAUAUGAACUUGCCGAUGCAAUUGAUGCCAAGAAUUGGGCGCUUAGCCAGGCAGAUGAUGCCAUGAGGGCUUCUGAGGUGAAUACUCAGAAAAUCGAGCUCCUCAACGCGGAGGUGGAGCGUCUGAAAGGGCUGCUUGAUUCCGAGGUGGAGAGCAAGUCGAAAGAAGCUGCUGAGGAAAUUGGAAAGCUUGAGGCAGAGAACUCUACGUUAAAGCUUGAACUAGAGAAAGGAAAGCUAGCUGAGAAGAGGGUGAUUGAAUUGGAGGGUGUGGUUGAACAGCUUAGAGUUGAUGUUGCUAAUGCUAAGAAGGAAUGCUCAAAGUCAGAUGAAUUAGUUGAAGAGUGGAAGAAGAAGGCACAGCUGUUGGAGUUCCAGUUGGAUGAAGCAGAUCAGUCUAUCAUUCUGAAGGGCAAGUCUUUAGAUUCAGUGAUGGAAGAAUUAGAUGAAACCAGCACUUUGCUUCAAAAUAAAGAGUCUGAAGCUGCUGUACUUCAGGACAAUGUCAGGUCCUUGGAGGAAGAGGUGGCUAGACUGAAGGAAGAUAUUGACUUGUCAAGUGAACGUCUUGAUGCUGCAGAGAAAGAAGCAGCUGACUUAAGUGCGGAGGUUGAAGGGCUUAGGUUGAAGCUCCAGGCAGUAGAGGAGGAGAAAAUGGAGGCACUGAACAAUGAUGAGCUUGCAAGUUCAGAAAUUGCCACGCUAACUGAGCAGAAGAACGAACUGGCCAAGGAACUAGAAGCAAGCAAAGAUGAAGUUGAGAAGGUUAAGAAGGCAAUGGAGGGUCUGGCCUCUGCCUUGCACGAAAUGUCAGCUGAAUCGAGGGAGGCACAGGAGAAAUACCUCAUUAAACAAGAAGAGAUUGAGCGUGCUCGGGCACAGGUAGAUGAGCUUAACAUGAGUCUGCAGAAUGCCAAGGAGAGCUAUGAGGUGAUGCUUGAUGAAGUAAACUACGAGAAAGUUUGCCUCAAGAAGUCUGUUGAAAGAAUGGAAGCAGAAGCUAAGAAUGUGUCUGAUGAAUGGCAGUCGAAAGAACAAAGUUUUGUCAACUCUAUUAGGAAGUCGGAAGAAGAAGUCGUCGCCAUCAAAGCUCAAAUGGAUAAGUACUUGGCCGUAGUGAAUGAAAAAGAAACCGAAAAUGCUGAGCUACUGGAGAAGAUGAAUCAUCUUGAGGCUCAGCUAAUGGAAGCUAACAAAACCAGUGAGGAAGCCAAGGCUGAGACCUCCCAGUGGAAGGAUAAACUAUUAGACAAAGAAAAUGAAUUACAGAACAUAAAACAGGAGAAUGAGGACUUGCAGGCAAAGGAAUCAGCUGCUUUUGAGAAGAUAAAAGAGCUCUCAUCUCUAGUGCCAAAUGCAAAAGACGGAGCAAGAAAUGGUAGUAACAAGGAAGAUGAUAAUGACAAUGGAGGUUGUGAGGAUGACGAACCAGUCGUGGUGGUUGCCAAGAUGUGGGAGAACAGCAAGGUUACCGACUAUGACUCAUCCAAGGAGAAGGAGAAUGAUGGUGAGUCGGAAGUCGAUUUGGAGUCCAACAAGGGAGAGACUACUCUCGAUAGCAACGGGUUACAGUCAACAAAGAUAAACAAUGGCAGUACAUCCCCAACCAAACAGCAGCAAAAGAAGAAGCCUUUGCUGAAGAAAUUUGGUGGUUUACUGAAGAAAAGAAGCCAAACUUAGCGCAAGAUCAUCUUAUGUUAUUCCUUUGUUGUAUGCUAUGUGACAUCUCUUUCUUUGACUAGUCAUCUAGUUUCCGAGUCUUGCCUGAUCGUGGUAAAGCAAGUGUUGGAUGUUUCAGAGAAUACAGAGGGGCUAUUGUAUUUACAGCCAUGCGUUUGUUUCUUACAUUGUGUAAGUUCAAUGAUGAUUCAUAUUGUAGUUCUUGUAUUUAUUCAUAUAUGCGCUGGUAAUGUUGUUGUAUAUGGAACAGAAUUUUUCAAAUCAAUUAUAGUA